AUGACCGAUUUAAAUGAAGAGAAGCACAAGGUUGACAUUAUUUCUCUUCCAAACGACAUGUUGAUGAAAGUUCUUACAAAGGUUCAUUCAUCUUCCUUCACCGACCUCUUCAAGGCAAAACUCACUUGCAGUGAUUUAUGCGGGUUGGCAGAGGAGGAUCAUAUCUUCCAACAAGUAUCGUUGGAGAAGAUUCUGCUAUUUUGGUCUACAAAUGCUGAAGCUAUGUUCUUAAGACGUUGCAAAGAGAGUGGAAACCCAGAAGCAAUAUUUAGAGAAGGCAUGCGUGGAUACUUCACUUCCAAGAAUCCGAAACUAGGGCUUAAGUUAUUGGAAAAAGCUUCUGAAAAGGGACACCUUGAAGCAUCGUACAUACAUAGUGUUAUUUUAAUUUGCUAUGGGGGUCAAUUAAAGCAUUAG